AUGAAGAGCAAGAAGUUUCUCAGCCUGAGGGACAGAAAUGGUAACCACCGCAGGAGCAAAUCCUCAGAGCCAGGGCAUAAGAGCCGGCCACUUUCAGCAGAAGCUUUUCGAGCGCUCUUCAAGAGUGACCGACCACCCAGCGACGACGAGGUCAGAGAGAAAGAACUAACAAAGGUUGAAGACAUUACACGGCUUCUUGCCGAGUCCAACAUCACCGACGUUUCUGCGGAGCACAUUCGAGACUCCUUGAACAGCAAAUUCGCUGACGGCGAUGUCGACAAGACGGUCGAGUUCAUCCAAUUGCAGUGCAAGGCUACGGCCGGCAAAAUCACACACUACAACCCACAAGUCGAGAUGGUUGGCGCGGAGAAUAGAGGCAAUGUCACUUGCUACCUCGACUCUUUGCUCUUCGCCAUGUUCGCAAAGCUGGAUGCCUUCGAAUGCAUGCUGAGAAACGAGUUCACAGACGAGCCAAGACGCAGAUUGGUCACGCUGCUACGCUUGUGGGUGAACAUGCUCAGAAGCGGAAAGUUGAUCCAUACGGAUAUGACAAAACUGAUACAAGAUGCCCUUGCCGAUUGUGGCUGGAGCGACGCCAAGCUCCUAGAACAGCAAGACACUUCCGAAGCCUUUGCUUUCGUCACCGAAACUCUUCAAUUGCCCCUUUUGCAACUACAAGUGGACCUUUUCCACCAAGGAAAGAACGACGAAGACGAUCACAAGCUGGUGUACGAACGACUGCUGAACCUAGCUGUGCCCCCCGAUCCCGAAGGCAAGGGAAUCAGACUCGAGGACUGCUUGGAGGAAUAUUUCAACACUCAAGUGGACGUACUGAGAGAUAGCCACGAAGAAAAGAAGGACCUGGAGAGGUCGGCCUCAAGCAAGAAUACCAUACGCUUGGUCACCCGGGGAGAUGGACAGGAGUCGGAAACAGCAGAGAACUUGAGCGCGUCACCCCUUCCGCUGUCACCAGUCCUUGAACACGAGUUGGCAGGCUCACCCCCACCGAAUGACGCUUCUGAAUCGCCCAGUGGCUCUUCGCGGCCAACUCCGAGGCACCGCUCAACUAGUGUUAUCCAGCGGGUUGUGCUGGAAGAGAAAGAGCGAGCCAAAGAGUCCGAGACUCCAAGCAUGUUGGAAAAGGCGCGACGCACGAGCUCAACUGUGGUCAAGGCUGUAACGAUCCCGGCGUGGCAGUUUUUUAGGCUGAUCCCUUGGCAUGCAGCUGGAAACAAGGAGCCCAAGAACGACAUUGAGGUCGCCAUGAACUUCAACCAGCGACCUGUGGUUGGCAUCUGCCUCAAGCGGUACAUGAUGACGAACUCUGGCAUCCCGCAACGCCAGAACACAUUCAUAGAUAUCCCAGACAGCUUGAGGCUGCCACAUUUCAUGCUUGGGGACGGAUCCUCGCUCGAGGAGGAUCCCAACGGCUUCAGCAUGGAAUACAAGCUGGUGCUUCAGUCCGUAGUCUGCCACCGCGGCGACUCACUCUAUAGUGGACAUUACGUCUCCUUCGCAAGAGUUGCGCCAAAGCUUCUUACCGACAACAGGCGACACGAACUCGAUCCACCUCCUGAUUACGAGGAAGCGCAGUGGGUGAAAUUUGACGACCUGGACGUCGACAGUAGAGUAACAUACGUGGACGACAUCAAGCAGGCACUGAAGGACGAGAUGCCUUACCUGCUCUUUUACCAGAUAGUACCGAUGGUCGAAGUUGCGUCAACGGAAGAGAUCGAGACAGAGCCGCCUUCCUACAACGAGUCCAAGGUGAGCGUCAAUUUGCCGACCACGCCUAACCCCAUCAACGGCAACUCAGGAGUGACAUCGUCAAAGAGCGACUACUUUGAGAACACUUCAAUAUCACCACCAAAGGCCCCAAGCAUUCGCUUUUCGUCAGAACUGGAAAGACCUAGCCGUAUCAGUUUUGGCGAUGACGAGCCAUACUUGGGUUUCAAGGAUUCACGUCGUGGCAGCGUCAACUUCACGGACUCAACACAGGGCACACCCUCAAUCACACCAGAAGCCGUGUCGCCCGCCGCAACACCAGGCGAGGAAACCACGGCGCAGCGACUUUCUCGUGCCGCUGCCCUCUUCACAGGCAAGAACAAGAGCCGGCCCACCAGCCAAGCGGGCGAGGGGCGCAUCAGUCUCACCAUGUCUCGAAUUGGAGGACUCAUGCGGCAAAGCAAGGAGCCACUUCGCGAUCUCAACAGCAACGCGAGCAGCAACGCGCUAGCGACAUCUAUGAGCGCUCCUGUGCCAGAUUCAGUGACCGAAGAGGAGUUUGUCGAACACGCAGAGGCGGACCAAACACCGAUCGCAGAUCCGGAGAGAAAGGACUCUAAAGAUUUCAAGGAGAGGAUGUCCUCAGAGCACCACAAAAACGCACACAGGCGGGGUAAAUCCAAGAACCGCUCCGCAGAGAAGAAGAAGAAUAAAGAUGGAGAGGAACCGGAGCGAGAGUGUGCGGUGAUGUAG